AUGGGUGAAAGCCCAUUAAACAUGUUGACAAAUGGUGUGGCAUGCCAUGGUGUGGUAUGGCAUGCCAUGGUGUGGUAUGGCAUGCCAUGGUGUGGUAUGGCAUGCCAUGGUGUGGUAUGGCAUGCCAUGGUGUGGUAUGGCAUGCCAUGGUGUGGUAUGGCAUGCCAUGGUGUGGUAUGGCAUGCCAUGGUGUGGUAUGGCAUGCCAUGGUGUGGUAUGGCAUGCCAUGGUGUGGUAUGGCAUGCCGUGGUGUGGUAUGGCAUGGCAUGGUGUGGCAUGGCAUGGUGUGGCAUGGCAUGGUGUGGCAUGGCAUGGUGUGGCACCAACCUGGAGGCCGUCAACAGCUUGAGGGAGGAGGAAAGAGGAGGAAGGGGUGUGGUACGUGGUACCACCUGCACACUGCAAUGCAUCACCUUUGUUCUGCUUCUGCCAUCACUGCUGUCCCUGCUGCUGGCGCUGAUGCGGAUUGCACUACUCCCCUUCCCUCUUCUCCCCCCAUCGCCAACUCCAAUGGCUUAG